AUGGAUAAGAAGGAAUUGAGGUCACUGGCGGUCGCUUAUUUGGUGCUGGGGAUGAUGCUUGUGGGUCAGUCCACUGCUUCUUUCGAAAGCUGCUAUGGGAGCUGCUUCAUCCUCUGUGUCAUCAUUCCUAACAACACGGUUGGCUCAUGCACCCUUGAAUGCUUGAAAGAUUGCAUCAUACCAAACCCUCCUUUAGGUCAGAGUAAUAUCCAAAACCACAAUCACUAUAACUUCUGCAAGCUUGGAUGUGCUUCUACCUUGUGUUCCAAUUUCAGCACUAAACAAAACCCAGAGGUAGAGAAAGUGAGCGGCUGCGUGGAUUCCUGCUCAGGGAGAUGUAAAACCAAGAAUACCUCACCGCCUAAGAAGAAUUAG